AUGUUUGAAGGGAUUAGCAAUCUGUUUCUUUUAAAAUGGACGCCACAAAGCUGCUUAUUAGCUGACAAACGUCUAACACUUUUCAUCACACAUGGUGGUGCUGGGAGCAUGAUGGAGAGUGCGCAUCGCGCUAAGCCACUUAUUGUGGUUCCCUUGUUUGGCGAUCAAAUGAGAAAUGCAAAACUUAUCGAGAAGUUUGGUUAUGGUAUCCAUCUGGAGAAAUCUCACCUGCACGACAGCAACAUUCUUCGGAGCGCAAUCGAACGAAUCUUCUCUGAUCCUAAAUAUCAAAAAGCAGCCAAUCGGAUCAGCCAGCUACUGUCAAGACGUCCAUUCAGUCCAGAGGAGAAACUCGUGAAAACCGUUGAGCUCGCUGCAGAAUUUGGAGAUCUGCCCGAGACUAAAACGGCAGGAAGAAACCUUGGAAUUGUCGUGUAUUAUAACCUGGAUCUGAUUUUUAUAUUGGCAGCGACACUCGCUGCUUUUAUAGUUCUUGUACUACACAUCAUAGUCCGGUUAUUAAGGCGUAAUUUUGUUCCUCUCAAAUUGAAAUCUCAGUGA